UUAUGUGAUGACGGCGCCAUGGUUUGUGGUAGAGAUUUCGAUGCGCAGAUGCAAGUAUUCAUGUGCCAUCAACCCAACUCUUGGGAAUUCGCAAAAGUUGGUGCGAUUGAUGACGAAAUAAACACUUAUGUUGUCUGUCCUUUCGACAAUACGAUAAUAUUUGCAACGAAAAAUAUGUUUUUGCAUCGAUUCGACAGAUCAUCUCAAAGGAUUUUAUCGAAGUGGAAUUCCUAUCAUACUAAACCCAUCUGUUUAUUGGCCUUGAAUAAUUCUGCUACCCGACUUGCAACGGGGUCUACCGAUGGUACCAUUCGUAUUUGGCACAUUGGUGAUCGUGAGGGCUUUGUCGCAAGUUGCAAGUUACACACAUCCAAGAUUACCCUACUUCGUUUUCACCCAGCCAAAGCCCUACUUUUUUCGUGUUCAAUGGGUGAAGUUGACUUGAUUGUCUGGAACACUGAGACAGGAGCAAAGGUAACCACGCUUGUGGGACACCAGGGGAACGUUACAGAUAUCGCUUUCUCACCAUCCGAGGAGCAGUUCGCGACUUGUGGCCAUGAUAAGGUGGUUCUUCUCUGGUCUACAGAAAACAUGCAUCGUACCAAGAUAAUUCCAACGUUCGAGAGCCUUCAAACAUUAGCAUAUCUUCCACCUGGCUCAUUAAGUAACCACCUCCCUUCCAAGGCAAAUAGGGACGCAUCCUUUCUCAUUACUGGUGGGCAGUGGGGAAUUGUGCGCGUCUGGAAUACGAAAACUUCUCAGUGCGUUUUGGAGCUCCGGGGGCCCACUAACCAUUCGUCUGAUUCUGCCGCUCUAAAGAACCUAGAUUUUGGGAUGCACUCCGUAUCACGUCUUACUCUUUUCCAUGUCUCUGCUUUUCCAGAGAAUCCAGAAGUUUUGUUGCUUACCAGACAGAGUAGCCACGUUGAGCUUUACAAUGCAGACACACUCAAGCUAUUCCACGAGGUUAGUUACUGGUGUGUUUUCUUCCCAUCCGAGGUACACAAGUUCAUGUCACCCGUUCUCUUUCAGUUUGUCGGUGAAAUUGGACCAGUGGAUAAGCUGUGUUUGGUGGGCGCUCAAGGCAAUCGGUUGGUCUUGGCGGACGCUUCAGCAAAUCUCAAACUGUUUGUCAGGCCACCCAGUGCGACUUCAUCGAGUGGGUCCUGGGCCUGCCAGUUGGUGCAGAGUCCCCACUUUGGUGUGAUUGGCGACAUGGCAGCCUCCACGUGUGGUCAGUGGCUCCUCACUGGGGGUCACGAUCAGUCGCUUUCCCUUUGGCAGCUCAUCGAACCAGAGGAUUUAAGCGGGCGGCCGAAGCUCUUGUCAAGGUUCUUCGCUAAGAACGCUCAUGAUGCGCACAUUUCGGCAGUCUCAUUUGCACGAGACACCUCUGUGGUGUUUUCGGCAUCGACAGAUGGCAUUCUUAAGACCUGGUCCGUGCACCAACAGCCGAGUGAGGCUAGUGACGACGUGACCUGCACCCUUAAUGAAGGACAAUCAGUUCGAAACGCCCACGACGGUGCUAUUAACUGCAUGCACGUCUCGGUGAAUGGCAAGUUCCUAGCCACCGGCUCUCGGGACAAAACCGCCAAGAUUUGGUCCCUGGAAAGCGUGACCACGGGUGGCGAUAUGCUGCCUCGAUUGGUUGGCUCGCUGGUUGGACACAGUCGUGGUGUUUGGUCGGUUUGUUUUUCCGAUCAUGAGCGAGUGAGUUCGCUGUUCGUUGUGUCUACCCCCUGUGGCGUGUCUAUCAUCGUUCUCCUCACCGCUUCUGGUGACAAGGACUUGCGCUUGUGGAACCUGAAAGACCUGUCGUGCAUCCGAGUGAGUCGCGGGAAAAUUACUUGCUACUUGUCGUUCGACGGUCAUGAGGAACCGGUAUACCAGGCAGUGUUUAUUUCCAAGGGUCGCCAAAUCCUGUCAUGUGAUCAGAGGGGUCUGGUGAGGCUGUGGAACUUGUCUAGCAAGGGCGAAUCAACCCUGGCGGCUGCAUCAAAAGACGCAAGACCACCGAAUGUGCUGGAGGCUCAUGAGGGGCGCAUUUGGACAAUCGCGGUGUGCCCCGAUGAGACAGGCUUCUACACUGGCGGUGAAGAUGCCACCAUUUGCUUCUUCAGGGAUACUAGUGACGAUACCGCCCAAGAUAGGGCUGUGACAAUGGAAGAAUUCACCAAAAUACAUCAGGAGUUUGAUAAUCUUCUGAAGAGUAAACGGUUUUCGGAGGCCCUGCGCCUUGCCGUAAAGCUAGACAAACCGCAGCGAACCUACGAAAUUUUGCAUGAAAUCAGCCUGCUGGAGGGCAUCUCGCCAGGCGAUGGCGCGGGUGUGCACAGGCCGCUGGAAAAGGCCCUCUUCGGUUUGAUACCCGAACCCCCGGAGCCCGGACAGGCGCCGUCCGAAGAGAUGGCUCAGCGUCUGCUCAAGUACGCAGUCAACUGGAACACGCGGGCCCGCACCUGUUUGGUGGCACAGCGCGUCUUCAACUGGAUCAUCUCCAAUUGGGCCCCCGAGCGACUUCUCGCGUGGCCCGGGAUCGCUAACUCCGUCACCGCCUUCAUCCCCUACACCGUUCGGCACUAUCAACGCCUUAACCGCCUCGAGGAACAAAUGGCUGUCUUGGAUUAUCUAUUUGAUGAAUCUCGUUGUAACCAGAUAAUCGAAUGGACUGAAUCCUUAGAAGGGGCCUCCGAUCGAACGCCGAAUGCGACUUUGUCAGGAAAGAGGCCUUCUGGCACUUGCAUGAUGGAGGUCGAUGAAGUGCGGUCUGUAAAUUGCACCCCGGGAGAUGCAGGAGUAUAA